ACGAAUUGUCAGAAGUCAGCACACACACAAGGAAAGUCGUUGUCAGUGUCGCUUGGAGAGUUGCGUCAAAUUUCAUGGGCGAAUGAUUGAGGUACGGAACGGAUAGGAGAGAAACGGAGGAAAAAGUGGAAGAGUACGCAGUGUGUAUACAUACAACCGUUUCGUCGUGUGGAUCAUCAGCAAAAGACGACGACGACGACGAGAAUGAGCGAACUCGUUUGGGGGAUAAAGAACGGCGAUCUCGAGCAAGUGCGAGAUAUCGUCGAAAACAAGAAUAUUGAUGUAAAUCAAAUGAUUGAUGGAAGAAUGCCACUACAUUAUGCAGCAGAUUAUGGUCAAAGUGAAGUCGUUAGAUAUUUGUUGGAGAAAGGAGCAAAUGCCAAUGCCACAGAUAAGCAUGGAAUCACAACAUUACUGGCAGCAAUUUGGGAAGGACAUACAAACUGUGUAAAACUGUUGCUGGAGAAAGGCGCUAAACAUGGUUUAACACCAGACGGCACAAGUUAUCUGGACGCGGCUGAGAAAGACGAGAUUAAACAACUCUUGAAACUUCACUAGCAUAAAGCUAAACAACACGCGAAAUAUUAAUUUUGUUAUUUUAAUACGUUAAUGUUCCUCCUUAUAGAGAGAGAGACUAUUCCACCACA